UUGUUGUAAGAUGGCGCCUCAAGAGGUGUGAGUGAAAGCUAAAGAAAAAAAAAAACAAACAUUGUUGACAUUUAAGGUGAAGCCAUAAUUAGUCGUGUCGCUGACUUUUCGAGUAACUUGCCUUGUUUGAGGUACGGAAAAGUUGUGUGAAACUGGCUUGGUGAAGACCGGAGCAGCCCGUUUAAAUCAAAGAAAGGCCUUUCAGGUCUUAAGAGCACUGAGGCUGGAGUGAUGAAUAACUCCAUGGAGGGCUCAGUGUCGUUUGAGGAGCUGGUGAGGGUGAAGGCGCGCAGUGUGCCCCAGCACCGCAUGAAGGAGUUCCUGGAGUCGAUGGCUAGCAAGGGUCCUGAGGCACUGCAGGAGUUCAGCCAGCAGGACGGUGAGAGCAACACCAUGGUCUACCAACAGGGGGCGAACUGCAUCUACACCGACAGCACCGAGGUUGCAGGCUCACUCCUGGAGCUGGCCUGUCCGCAGGUGCAGUCUCAGCAGGCCCAGGUGCAGAUCUCCCCGCAGCUCGCUACAGCGGAGCCCCAGUCCGCCGAGCAGCAGCCCAUACAAGUGCAGGUGCAGAUUCAGGAGCAGCAGGCUCAUGUCGGCCAGCAGCACCUGCCCACCGUCGCUGCCACGACGCAGGUUAUUCAGCCUGGAGAGCUGACAGAGGAGCAGCACCAGCAGAUCCAAGCCCAGCUGAUAGCAGCGGUCGCGGGCGGGCAACAGAUCCAGAUCCAGACCGUAGGGGCCGUGUCUUCGUCACCAGCCCUGCAACCGAGCUCUCUGCAGGGGGACGCUGCCGGCCAGGCUGCCCCUGCCGGCGUCCUCCAGCCGGCCAAGAAGCGCAAAAUGGACCUCCCCAUCACAGUCUCCUACGCCAUUCCUGGCCAACAGCUAGCCACGGUGCUAACCAUUCCCCAGGGUCAGCAGCAGGGCUACCUGUCCCUACGGCCUGACCUGGUCACCGUGGACAGCACUCAGCUAUACAGCACAACGGGCACGCUCACCAGUCCUACCGGAGAGACGUGGACUAUCCCUGUGUAUACGGCGCCUGUCCAACAGUCCGGCAUCACCCACAUUGCUAUACCACAGGAUGCUUAUGGCUCCCCCACGACGCUUCACGUCACAACGCCCGUCACUACCGAUGACAAGGAUAAGAACAAACUGGCCGCUGCCGUGCCGGCGUCGGGCAUGGUGUCAGCGGUUUCCUUGCCUACUGGGGGCGGGGCCAGUGGGGGACAGGAAGAGGUGGUACAGACAUUGACAAACACUCUCUUCCCCGCGCAGUUCAUGAACGGGAACAUUCAUAUACCUGUUGCCGUCCAGACGGUCGCCGGGGUGACGGGGGCGUGUCCGAGCGGCACGCAGUCGUUGCAUAUCUGGGACCCUCAGCAGCAGAUUGUGCAGACACAAGGGGGUGCAGCUCCAGAGCAGCAGGCACUGCAGGAGCAGCAGGGGCAGGGUGUGGCCGGUGGCGAGGCACUGCCCAUCUCGCUGAAGCCCGACGAGGGGAUUAUGGUGUGGAAACUCUGGGCUGAGAAGAAGAACAUCGAGCUGGAGAAAGAGCAGAGGAACAAGCUGGCCCCUAUCGGCAGGAGGCAGCAGCUGCGGUUUCAGGAGGACCUGUUAUUUAAUUCCAUAGCAGAGCUGAGUUUAGGUCUCACUCUAAUGACACAUGAGGCCAGAGGCUUAGAAGGAGAGACCUUACAGCCCGACAUGCUUUACUACAUCUUCCUUUGCAUACAAAAGUGUAUGUUUGAUAAUGACAGAGUAGAUAAUAUAUUCACAGAUCAGUACUAUCAGCGCUUCCACCAGUCCCUGCACAAGAUAUUAGAGUCGUGGAAACCCAGCGUCCACCCAUUAGGUUAUGUCAUCCCCAGUCAUGUGACUGAGGAGAUGUUGUGGGAAUGCAAACAGCUGGGAGCUCAUUCCCCUUCCACCCUGCUCACGACACUAAUGUUCUUCAACACUAAGUAUUUUCAGUUGAAAACAGUUGAUCAGCACCUGAAGGUCGCAUUCACAAAGGUUUUACGACACACCAAGAAGAACCCAUCUAACCCAAAAGACAAGAGUACAAGCAUUCGCUACCUUAAAGGACUCGCCCAGCACCAAGUGGGCCAGAAAGUGACGGAUGACAUGUACGCUGAGCAGUCGGAACAUCCAGAGAACCCGUUACGCUGUCCCAUCAAACUGUAUGACUUCUACCUCUUUAAAUGUCCACAGAGUGACAAAGGUCGGAACGACGCCUUUUACCUGACCCCGGAGCCCGUGGUGGCCCCCAACAGCCCCAUCUGGUACUCGACGCAGCCCGUGUCACGGCAGCAGCUGGAGCACAUGCUGUCGCGUGUGCUCGCCGUGCGAGAGAUCCAGGAGGCCUUCGCCGGCAAGGCCGAGCCUCUGCAGUAGACUUGCGUGCCCCCGUCCACCAAUGCGACCCAUGCAGGAGAAAAGGAAGGGGCGGAAUGAACAGCUCUCUCUUUCCUUUCAUUCUUCUGUGACACACACACACACACACACACACACACACACCCCAACCUACCUCUGCAGCUCCUACCCUCUUUAGUUGUUUCAUGUUAAGUGCUCAAAUCUUAAAGAAAGACUCUCAGAUAUGGACACGCACGCACUUGUGUGCACAGACUUAUGAUUCUUUGCCAAAGGACAGGUGAGACCUGAGCUAUUAGUCACCUCCUUCGGCUGCGUCUUUUUGUUUGUUUGUUUGUUUGUUUGUUUUUUUUAAAAGUUUUUAUAAUUUAAGCUUUUAUACAUUUUUAGUUCAAGAACUUACCAUUUGUCAGCUUUGCCUUGCCUUCUUCUGCCCUUCCUGCUGCCCUUUGCAUCGUCCUCGGCUCCUCCCGGGACCCCUGACUCGCUCCGCCUUUGCUCGUCUCGUCCUUGACUCCUCACGGGCUGCAUGUGUGCCCACACCCCCCUGCUUUCAUACCGCUGCUCUUAACCAAUAAAGGCACUGCUUCAA